UGAAACAGUCUAUUUGUGACCUUGACUGGAACUCUUCAGCAUUGGAGAUGUGAAUGAGUGUGGAAAUGAAUUGAAAAAUAAACAAGUUCAUAUUUUGUGGGAUAUAAAUCUUUUAACGUGUGGAAAACAGUAAACAAACAAAAUAAUGGAUGUGCUUUAGCAUAUUGAAAACCAUGUCAAGAAAAGAUCGAAAAAGAGUUAUAAUCCCAUUGAAGAGUCAAGGAAAUGGAGUGAAAAGAAUAUUGAUCCACCAGGAUUUAAUAUAAGUUUAUUUGAGAACAAAGGCAGAGGAGUCAGAACAACUGUCCGCAGAAAUGCAGGCGACUUUUUGUUAGUGUAUACAGGAAAGGUUAUAACAAAGAAGGAAGGUGAGAACUUGGAAGAAGGGUUCUUAUCUGGCUACAGAUUUCGUUUACAGAGAUUUGUGUGUUGAUGCAUCAGAAGAAGAUGGUAGAUUGGGAAGGCUUGUGAACCAUGGGAGCAAGAAAGAGAUCAACUGCAAAAUGAAAUUAAUAGGGGAAUUAAGUGCUAUGUCUUUUUGGAACCAGAGAUAUACAUGAGGGAGAAGAGCUAGCUAUUAUAUGACUAUGGACUCAAGUCUUAUCCAUGGAAUUCUAAGACAAACCAUCUGCCCCUAAGGGACCAUUCAGUGUGUCCAAUCUCACUGCUUCAUCUGCUGACUUGAAUGGAAGCCAACAACAAAAGAUAACGGUUCUCCAGUCACAGGCUAUGUUAUUGAGUCCAGACCUAGCACCAGAGCAAGAUGGAGCAAAGUGGCCAAGAUGGAUGACAACACCACCAAAUACUCUCCCAAAGACCUCAUUGACUAUCUGUUCAGGGUGUCUGCUGUUAAUGAGGAGGGACAAGUCUCACCACUAGAGACCAAAGAACCUGUGAGACUUAAGAGGAAGAUAGAUGUUUUAUCUUCACCAAGACAAGUCAAAGUGUCUAAACUUGGUCCCGAUUUUGUGACACUGGAUUGGAAAUCACUGUCUUCAGAUGGAGGCUCCAAGGUGACAGGGUAUGUGGUGAAGCAGAAGAGAGGCUCUGAUGGUGACUGGGAGGAGGUGGCCACUCUAAAGGCCAUUGAGACGUCUUACAAGGUCCCCAAACUUGAUGAAGUCCAAGAGUAUUUCUUUUCUAUAACUGCCCUGAACCAGAACGGACAAGGAGAAACCUGUGAACUGGACACGUCUGUUGUUCCAAAGAGACCUCCAGAAAAAACCGUCGCCACCAGUUGGUCCAGUCAUACUCUCAGACAUUCAGAAAACCUCUUUGGUGUUAGCCUGGAAACCCAGCAAGAGUGAUGGCAGAUCUCCUCUAACAGCUUACUAUAUUGAAAUGAGGGACCCUAAUAAUGGAUCCUGGUCUGCAGUCACCAAAGUGACCCCAGACAUCACCAGCUACUGUUUCUUAUGAUUUUGUUUUAAGAUUGUCUAGAAAUGGUGUUUGGAACUGGAGAUAAAGAAGAUCCCCCAAGCAAAGAACUUAAAAAGCAAAGAGGUUUUAAAAGAAUAAGUGGAAAAAGAAAACCUAAUGAACAGCAGCUGAGAAAGCAGCAGUUAAGAGGCAAAUGGGCCAGUUUUUAAAUCUAAGGACCCUGCCAAAAAACAUGACUGUGACCUGGCUCUUCAAAAAGAAGAGAGUUUGAAAAAUUGAACCUGGAAACAAGUCAAAGACUUUGUUAGAAAUACAAACUUGAAGCUACUUAAACAGUAGGAUUCAAAAAUGAAAUGUAUGAAGUUUUUAGUGUAAAUUGACUUGUUUCUAUAAUGAAAAGAAAUUUUAUAAUAUUCAGAACUAGAGACAGAUCAGAAAUGUAGUAUAUGUGCAUUGAUUUACUUGUUAGUUUUCUAGAGAGAGAGACAGAGGAGCUUUUGCUUUUGCUUUAAAAGUAAUUUUUAGUAUCUUUAUAAUGAUUUUGAAUAUUCAUUGUAAUAGUGGUUGUCUUAUGAAGAAAUUUUUAUGACAAGUAAAAUAAAGCUGUAAGCUCAGCUGUUAGCCUUCAUGAUACACAUAAACCUGAUAAAAGCCUUUUUAUAGUGACAGACUUGGUGUCUCGUGUAUAUCAUGUUGGACUGCCUAGUGACAUGAAUGCUAAAAAAUUGAUGAAAAUAAUGCCAGAUCUUAGCUGUUAUAUACAUGUAUUUAAUGAUCUUUCCAUAUGAAAUAUUUACUAGUACAUAUAUGUACAAUAUCCUUAAGGAUUUAACCAUUUCAUGCUCUGUUUUGCAUGUACAUGAAGUUAAAAUGAAGGUGAAUUUGGAAUGAUAAAGAUCUACAGCAAGAGCGUAGUUGGCUAAGCUAUUGUUAAUUACGGUAAAUGAAUUCAGUCAAUGUUAUCUAUUUUAUAUUAAGAAUGAAUUUGCUAUGCUUAGUGUUCAAUUAGCUCUUGUUGAUAAAAGAAAUGUUAUUAAAGUUGUAUUUUGCCAUUUA